AUGCCCAGCUUCAGUCUACACUCGUUCCCACAAUUACUUCACAACCGCCGCGCGGUAUCCCAAUCUCCAAUAUUCGAAGGUGUCGCGGUGCGUCGCAAGACCUCUCCUCGUGUCACUCGUUCCACGACAGACCGCGUCAAGUCGCCGAUCAAUCGCUUGUGCGGUGCAAGAACUUCCGGCUUCCGUUUCCCGUUUCGCACAAGAUCUCCUCCUGCAGAGCUAGCAACGCAAGGCACAGUCAAUGUCAGCGGGUUGCUCGUGGAUUCGCAGACCGUCCGAACGCAUCGUGUGGCAGAUGGAGGGAAAAGAAGUAUCGAGGUGACGCUUUGGAUCGCGACGCAAUUACUUGCCAACGCACCCCGUUCUGUGCGGGGAAGAUUCGGGCAAACGGGGAGGGGCGCGGAGAUCGUCGAAGCUGUCGAAGUUCGUUAUUUCCCCGAAUGGACCCGUCGGAGUACCUUAGAGUAG